GCCAGCCCUGCAUAUAUAGUGCUAGCUAGAAAUGAACAGUGGGCUGUGCCAUGCCGGUUCAUAUUCGGGGAGGAGGAAACUGCCCACAUCAAUGGCUGGCUGUGAGCCUGUUAGCCUGUGACCCGCCUGCACCCGCAUCAAUGGCGUGUAGCUAGAGUAGUGCUAGAAAUGAAGAGGGGAUUGUGCCAUGCCGGUUCAUGUUUGGGAGGAGGAAGCUUCGUGGAAGUUGCGAGUCCAAACUCACAUCGCAUCAUGUCAUUUAUCCAUGGAUCGGAGGUAAUAAAAAGAAGGUUUAGUUUUCGUGGAACGUAGUAGCUCGAUCGAGCUCGGUGUGAGCUAAUCGGGGGCCGGGCAGCUUCCCCGAAGUUGCUAGCUUGGCAAUGCAUAUAAAUUUAAAGGACACCGAGCAGAGGUCGAGGAACGGGGUCCAUAGCCGCGUGUCUCCAAGCAGGGGCCGCCGGCCGGCUCUGCUCCGGUCGUCUGCAACUACGAUCUUGGACGGCGGCAUACUAGUCCGACAUCCGUCGCGCGGAGACAGCCGCCGGCACGGCGGCCCCUGCGCGCGCGGUUGCACACAGCACACAGUUUCCUACAUUGGACAAGUGAAGUGUGGUAGCUGCUCACAGACACAAUGGAACAAGUUGACAUUUGGGCGCCCAUCUUGGCCGAUCCACUUCCAAGCCAACAGGCGGAGAUUAAAGUUCACUUAACAUAUGUGGAUUAUGGCACCAUGGACUUUCAAGCACUCUUGGAAGGACCCCAUGAUUUGGACAGAUGGCUGAAAGGUGAAUUCAUUCCUACUUACAUAAAGGAAGCGAAUCUAACACAUGAGGCAAGAUUUUCGCACAUCCAAAAGUACAAACUUGCAAAACAAAUGAACGUGGCAAAUGGCAUUGAAAAUAUGUUUCAUCAUUGCAGAAUGAACGCAAAUUUUAUUCACCAACUAGUGAUCAUGGCAUGACAAUACAAACACCUAUGCCCGAGAAAGAGGAGGCCCCUGCCACCACAACUCUCAACACCGGAGGAGAAGAGGAGGAGAUGAGAGAGGGAAGAGGGGCCAUAUUGUACCCGCCGCCUUGUCACCGGAGAAGCAGAAGGCUUGCGGCCACCGCCACACCACCAGAGAAGGGGACCUGUGAUCUACUAGAUUACAUACCAAAUAGUGGUUGGAGGCAUGGACGUCGUGUGAGAAGUGGGCGUGAAAGAGGAACAUGGUGGAUAAACAUAGCACCAUGCUCCCGGGACUUGCAUGCAAGUGAAGGCCAAACACAUCGAAGCAAAAGAAACAAUGACCAUUGGACAUCUGAAGAGGUGAAAGAACUAGUGGAUGGCGUAUCUGUAUAUGGGGUUGGACCAUGGACUAAGUUGAAGAAUGAAAGGUUUCCAAUAUCAGUUCGAACAGCGGUGCAUCUUAAGGAUAAGUGGAGAAACCUAGUGAAAGCCGUCACGGGAAAUGAGAAAAGAAGGAUCACGCCUCGUCUAGAUAAGGAUUGCGUCGAAAAGAUCAAGAGGCUAGCAGCUGAUUACCCUCGAGAAUGAAGUGAAACAUCAUACAGUACUUUCGGUGUAGCAGUGACCCCGCAACAAGAGUUCUGUAAUUUUUCCAGAACUGCGAAGCAUAGGCGGUCAUAUUAAGUGCGUCGAGAGUAGAGUAGAUUGAACCAUUUGGAUGGAGCAGCUUCUAUCUUCUGCCUAACUGCCCCGUGAAUGGGAAUAGCGCUCGCUCCUCCGACCUGUUGGCUUGCCGGUUUUGCUACAGUGCUGUAAUUAGCUUGACCUUUCAUUUAACACCAUGGCACAUUUUGCUGGAAGCUUAUGGUCUUAUGAUAUGAAUGGUGAAUGGAUAU